UGCGUCUGCAAAAUACAAGAAGUAAGAGGCGGUAAUUGAGAUGCUCUGGCGGUCGUUUGAUGCACGCAGCGUACGGCAUACCUGAGGGCUAGCGCCUGAGAGGGCGUCGUGCUGAGACACCCAACGGAUGCCUCGCUGGGCGAAGCCUAUAAGUUCAUCCGCGAGUGCAACAUGCGCGAAAUCGCACACUCGGGACCCGACUCCUCCUCAACCUCAAGAAACACCGCGCGGCCACGUCCCUUUCUCCAACAGUACUGCGAGGGCGACCGCGGCGGGCCGGGUCAAUCGAGGCGUGGGCAAAUGGAGACGUGAAAAGGUUGCCGUUUCGGGUCAAGCCCGCUAGGUUGUUUAAACAGUGUGUGUACGCCAGAGUGAAAGGGAGCCAUUUCCAG